GACGCGACGGGUUCGGAAAUCGAAAGAUCUUCUGGAAGAAAGACGGACGGACGAGAGGAAGCGAAGGAUGUGGGGCAGCUGCUGUUAGACCUGUGUAAAAAUACGCUAUAAUUUCGUGUUCAGAUCCUGAGGAAACACAGUUCACUAGCGCAGAGCAACCGUCGAACCAGAGAGAACAUGGGGAACCGCGUCGCUCGCGAGGACUUUGAGUGGGUUUACACGGAUCAGCCUCACGCCGACCGGAGGAAAGAGAUCCUGGCCAAAUACCCAGAGAUCAAGUCUCUGAUGGGACCCGACCCCAGGCUGAAGUGGAUCGUCUGUACCAUGGUUGCCGUCCAGUUUUUGGCCUUCUAUUUGGUGAAGGACCUGCCGUGGAAAUGGGUCAUGUUCUGGACGUAUGUGUUCGGGAGUUGCAUUAAUCAUUCAAUGACUCUAGCGAUUCACGAGAUCUCUCACAAUACGGCUUUCGGCAACAACCGCGCCAGAUGGAACCGCUGGUUCGCCAUCUUCGCCAAUCUGCCCAUUGGGCUGCCCUACUCGGCCUCCUUUAAGCGCUACCACCUGGACCACCACCGGUACCUGGGUGGAGACGGGGUGGAUGUCGACAUCCCCACUGAUUUCGAGGGCUGGUUCUUCUGCACCCGUUUGCGUAAGCUCUUCUGGAUCAUGUUCCAGCCGCUCUUCUACGCCAUCCGUCCGCUCUGGAUCAACCCCAAACCCAUCACCCAGCUGGAGCUCCUCAACGUGGCCAUACAGCUCUCGUUUAACGCUGUGAUGUACUGGGCCUGGGGCGCCAAGCCCUUGGUCUACAUGAUGAUGGGCUCCAUGCUAGGAAUGGGUCUCCAUCCCAUCUCAGGACACUUCAUCGCAGAACAUUACAUGUUCCUCAAAGGCCAUGAGACCUACUCUUACUACGGAUCCCUAAACCUGCUGACGUUCAACGUGGGGUACCACAACGAGCACCAUGACUUCCCCAGCAUCCCAGGACGCCGUCUGCCGAAGGUGAAGGAGAUCGCAGCGGAGUACUACAGAGAGCUGCCCUGCUACACCUCCUGGAUCACGGUGCUGUAUGACUUUAUCAUGGACGAUGAACUGAGUCCGUACUCGCGUGUGAAGAGACGGCUGACAGGAGAGGUCAAGCAGGAGUGAGCAAGAGUCUUCCCCUGCGUCUGAGGACAUUCCCAUCUUACUUUCUGGCUUUUAGCAAGUGUGCUGACUCAUUUUAAUUGUGAACCAAACCGUCUGAGCUCCUCUGUUGCACAGAGUCUGAAGAUUUCCAUCUGAACGCUGAUGUUUCUGCUCGCUCGCAGUUAUCUGUCAAUGAAAAAAUCCAAUAGAAUAUAUAUGAAGCAUCCAGAAUACAAGUUGUUUGUUUACAUAAUAAAUGUGUACUGUGUAUAUUUAUGUAAAUAUAAAGUCACACAUACAGCAUAUAUAUUUUGAAAAUAUUUACAUAAAUUAUAUAUAUAUAUAUAUUUCUUAUAUACAUGCAUUUGUGUGUAUUUAUAUUUACAUAACAAAUAUACACAGUACACAAACAAGUAUUAUGUAACUCAAACGGUUUGUUUUGUGUGUGAUCAAUCGUUUGACAGCACUAGUUCUGUAUCAUUUUGACAAUAACGUUAGCUCAGAGAUGAGUGUCUCAUGAACACGCGCCACAGACCGGACUGAUUAAACCUUCAUCAGUUUACCAAGUGAGUAGAUUAAUCUUGACUAACAGUGAAGUACUGAGUGGACAACAUUUAUACAUUUUAUAUUACAUGACCUGUAAAGCCUUAAUAAAUGUGUGCAGGUGUCUAA